AUUAGUGAUGCUUUAGUCCAUGAAUCCAGAGCUCUCAUGGCCAUGGAAAACCCUGCCGUUCCUCAAAGAAAAACAAGGAAAAGCAGGAAGAGAUCCUUCACUAAUCCACUGGUCACAGGCAGGCGUGAGAAACGUCGGGAAACACACUGCCCUGGAUCAGUUGCUUCUCAAUCAAGAAGAAGGGAUCCUGUGCAUGAGGAAGGCCUUCAGAUAGAAGAUCAAGAGUUGGCAAGUCUUGAAACAAGGCUCCAAGAGUUAAGGGACACCAUAACUGCAGUGCAGGUUCCGGAGGGAACAGACAGACUGGUUUCUGCUUGGGAACAAAGGCAGCUUCUCACAGAUGUGAGAAUGAAAAGUGCUAGGCCUAUGCUUUUUGAUGCAAAGCUCUCAGCCCAGAGAGUUUUCAUCCAAAAUUGUCACAGAUGCUGUGUUGUAGAAGCUGUGAUUAGGUGCCUGGACUGUGUACCACUGGACAUGGAGUUCCUCUGUGCUACCUGUGACAUGGAGGCCCACAAGAGAAAUGUCUUCCAUGACAGAGAGGCUGUGUUCCAUGGAUUUCUUGAGCCCAUUCCCCCUACAACUGCUGUGCUGGUGAAUGAAAAUGGCCAGCCUCAGUUUUGUGAACAAAUAUGUCAUCUGCCUGUUCCUGCACCAAGGUCAAUUUGUGAAUGCACUCAUGACCUCACAACCACUCCAGGGAAGCAUAUUUCUGUGGUCACCAUCAAUGAAUGGACUCCCGAGGUGAAGGACCUGCUUGUUUAUCGGUACUGGCCAGCUAGCACCAGCUGCCAGACCCUAUACAAGUUUGAUGUCUUCACCUCGUUUGACCAUAUGAAGGUAACGGCACCAGCUAUGUCCAGGCAGGCCUUCCUGAAAAUGUUGGAGCACAGAUCUGUUCAAGCUGGAAGGCUGAAGCUUUUUGAGUUUACCUUUUGUCAAUACAAAGAAGAGGAUAUGUGCCAGGUCCAUCAUUUUGAAUGUCCAGCAUGUUCUCCAGACAUGUUGGCUGUCUGCUCUGAUGGAAACCGAAAACAUUACCGCUUCAGCAAGUCAAAAGGGACUGAGGAGCCACCAAUAUAUGAGGGCUUGUUCCUGGCCAAGGACGUGGAAGUUGCUACCUUUGUUGACCUUAUCAGAGGCAACAUGAGAAGUGCAAAUGACAGUGCUGUCUGCGGUACUGCCAAGUUCACUGCUGGCAGAGAGAUGUCCAAAAAGUCUGGUGCUCAGAUAGAUGAGGAGGGCAUUCAAGUUGCAGUUUGCAGACAUGGGUUUCUCUUACGAGGACUGAACCAUUACCGUGGAGAAAUAUUUGCUUACCCAAUGUUUCUUCAAAGAGAGAUGUCAAAGAAGGCAAAUGUUACAUUCUUCUGUAUGGAUGUUACAUGCAGGUACUGGCCCUACCUUAACAAAGUAGCAGAGGGUUUACCUGAACUUCUGCCAUUGACAGAAAUGAGGCCAUUCCUGAGCGUCAUGCAUGCCAAAGCCCAUACAGCAAAAUGCGAGGUGAGAUGGGGUGGCAGAAGCCUGGAUGGAGCAGGAAACACAGUGGGAGAAGAAGUGGAGCAGGUGAACAGCUUUCUCUCGAGGGCAGCACUUGUCACAAAAUACAUGACAAAGGCUGGAAGAGUGAACAUGCUAACGCGACAGGCCAUGGGUUGGAACAGAAGAAAGAGGGACAACCUUCAUCAAGUGUUAGCCCACAGAUAUGUCAAAAUCACAGAGAGGGCAAAGGUGGAAGCUGCCAGCCUUAGCAACAUCAAGGAGGAGCACAACCUUGAUCAGGAGACAAUACAGCAGUGGGUAUGGGAUGUCAGACAAUGGGCUGUCACAGAGAGAGUCUACACUCCAGGUUGUAUUGAAGAGCUAAGGGCUGACAUUGAGAACAUCACUGUAACCCUUUUGCGCAAGAAGCAAGAUCUGUAUCGUCAGCAUGAUAGCAACCAGGCAAGACAAAAAAGAGAAAGAAAAUGA